AUGGUGCUGAUGGGGCUCCAUCUCCUACUGCUGGUCCUGUGGGUUGGCAUUGGGGUAAAGUUCCAAGUUGGGGGUGACCAGAUGAAGCCAGCCCGGACACCUCUGAUCCCUCAUCGGCCUUUUGUUGUAGUCUGGAAUGCCCCAACUGAGUCAUGUCGCUUUCGAUUCAAGGUGGACCUGGACCUAAGCGUUUUUGACAUUGUAGCAAAUCUCAAUGAAACAUUAAGUGGACCAAAUGUCACUAUAUUCUACCACAGCCAUCUGGGACACUACCCAUACUACUCCAACUCUGGUGUUCCUGUCAACGGUGGCCUGCCACAAAACCAGAGCAUCUCCAAACAUCUGAGCAAGGCCCGGGCAGAUAUUGACAAACUGAUUCCCCAUAAGGAUUUUCGAGGUCUAGGCGUCAUUGACUGGGAGAACUGGAGGCCUCAGUGGGUUCGAAACUGGGGCUCCAAAGACAUUUACCGCAACAAGUCCAAGGAACAGAUUCGAAAACUUCAUCCAAACUGGCCAGAGAGCAAAGUAGAAAAGGAAGCAAAAGAGAGCUUUGAGAGAGCUGGGCAAGCAUUCAUGAACCUAACCCUGGCAUUGGCUGAAGGUCGCCGGCCAGAUGGGCUGUGGGGAUUUUAUUUGUUCCCAGACUGCUACAACUAUGGAUACAAGCAGCACCCACAACGCUACACAGGCGAAUGCCCCAAUGUAGAGCAUGUUCGCAAUGACCAUCUGAUGUGGCUCUGGAAGGAGAGUACAGCCCUCUACCCAUCCAUCUACCUGGACUACGAGCUAAAAUCUUCCCCCAACACUGUCAAGUUCGUCCACUACCGUGUCAAGGAAGCCAUGAGGAUAGCGUCCAUUGCCCGUACAGACUUCACAUUGCCUGUGUUUGUCUACUCCAGACCUUUCUAUGCCUAUACCUUUGUAGUUCUCUCAGAGAGUGACCUGGUUCACACCAUCGGGGAGAGUGCUGCCUUGGGAGCAUCAGGCGUUGUCCUCUGGGGAUCAUCAGAGUAUGCUCGAUCACAGAGGAACUGCCUGACAGUGAAGAAAUACAUUGACGGCCCUCUCGGACAUUAUGUCAUCAACGUGACGUCAGCUGCUAAGCUGUGCAGCAAAGCACUGUGCAAGAAGAACGGUAGAUGUGUCCGCAAGAGCCUGGACUCAGGUGCUUACCUUCACCUCAACCCGCGCUUCUUCCACAUCCACCGCAACCCGACGCCCAGGGGCCCCCGCUUCCACGUCAGCGGUCACCUCAACAACCAUGACAUCCUGGACAUGAAGCACAAGUUCACCUGCCAGUGCUACCUGGGCUGGACAGGUGUUUACUGCGAGAUGCCCCAGGCUCUGCCCCGGCCUCCUCCUCCCCCGCCUCAACCUGCUGUCCCGCUGCCUGUUCCUCGGGGGAACAGCCUACUGGGAGACAUCCUGUUCCUCUUAUCCCUCCAUUUCUCCUGCCUGUGCAUCAUCAUGUUCCUGGGACUCUGUCUGAUUAUCAAGUGUCUCAUACUGUAG